AGGUUGGGGCUGGGGGCAGUGCUGGGCUCUUCCUGGUGGGGUGGCUUGGACCAGGGCUGUGUUUGGUGUAGGCGGCAGCAGCACUGGGAGGGGGAGGUAUGGGAGAGCUACAGGGAAUUUUGGGGUGGCUGUAGCCUACCCUGUAGCUUCCCUUCCCGGUGCCACCUGCCCCAAGCGCAGCCUCAACCCAACCCCCAUGCUGAGAAGAGCCCAAAACCUCCCCCAUCCCGCAGCAGGCAGCCCACCCUCACCCUGUGCACAGAUCUGGCGGCCACAUGGCCAUGCCUCCCCCAGGGGUGGGAGAUGCCCCCACCACUCCUCCAGGACAAGCUGCUCGCAGCUCUGUCCUGUGCCUUGCCCCGCCGUGGCUGGGCAGUACCUUCCCCUGCCCUUGCCCCAGCCCAACUCCCUCCCUCACCAUGGGGGCCUCAGUCUGCCCUGUACCCCUUCCCCCACACAGGCUUACCCACCAGAUGCUGCUCUCCAAGCUGCUGCGUUGCUUUCCUGGCCACUUGCAUGCUGCAGCUGUGCACAUGCAUGCAACAUUUAUUGGUAACAUUAUUGGCCACAUCAGCCAAAAAAAACCUGAUUGCCAAUAAUGUCAAUUUCCCUUUUAUCAUUGUUGAUACAAUAUGGACCAAUGUAUCUGUGCACCUCUACUAGUUGGUAGUUAGUUACUUGUGAAUCUGUGAUUGUACUGUUUAAAGAGCUCUGUAAGUUCUUCCUUUAGAUGUGAUCUAGAAGUUUGUUUGUUUUUUUCCACAGGAUUAAAAAUUACUUUGGUGAACAUGUAUGCUUGAGUAUGUUGAGAUGUUGAGGAGGGUGCAUGCUAGAUGUUGGUUAGUGAGCUUAGUGCAACUAUCCUGUUCUGUCUUUUUCCUUAGUUUCUGACAUGGUGUUCAGCUAGUGGUCACCGUACAUGUGACUAGUCUGAUGUGGAUGAGAAUGGAGAUAGGUUGCUUGUGGGGGAAACUUCCAAGGCCCUGCAGGUGACAGAGAGUGGUCCCAGCACUUCUCUAUAUGAUUAUGAGAUCAGAAGCACCUUGUGCUACUCCACUGAUAUGUAGUUUUGGAAGGCCUGUUGACCUUGAAAAGGAUGACUACCAGAAGGUUAUAUGCAACAAUGAACAUUGCCCUUACAGCACCUGGAUGCACCUUCAGUGUUUUUAUGAGUGGGAAAGCAGCAUUCUUGUCCAGUUUAAUUGUAUUGGCAGAGCAAGGAGUUGGAAUGAAAAGCAGUGUCGCCAGAACAUGUGGACAAAGAAAGGAUAUGAUCUUGCUUUUCGCUUUUGCUCCUGCCGAUGUGGACAGGGCCACUUAAAGAAAGAUACUGAUUGGUACCAAGUGAAACGCAUGCAGGAUGACAAGAAGAAAAAGUCUGUGGCAGAGAAGAGCACAGGAAGGUCCAUGGGAGAGUCUGCAGAAGAUACUAAAAAGGGCAGGCCUACUAACAAGCCACAGAAAGGUUUAAGUCAUGAUAUUCAGCGAAGGCAUUCAAUGGACAGACAGAACUCUCAAGAGAAAGGUGUAGUUAGUGGGGGCUAUGCUGUUCGUUCUCCCUGUGGCUCUCCUGGCCAAUCCCCUCCUACAGGCUACUCCAUUCUUGCCCCUGCACAUUUCAGUGGUCCCCGUUCUUCACGCUAUUUAGGAGAAUUUUUAAAAAACGCCAUUCACCUGGAACCACACAAAAAGAAUAUGGCUGGUGGCGGGAUGUUCAGAAAUGCCCAUUUUGAUUAUGGGGCAGCUGGGCUGCAAGCACAUAGGUCAGGACAUUUUGAUGCGCCUGUGCAAUUUUUGAGGAGGCUUGAUCUGUCUGAACUUCUCACUCACAUCCCAAGGCAUAAAUUGAAUACUUUCCAUGUUCGGAUGGAAGAUGAUGCCCAAGUGGGUCAAGGAGAGGACCUUCGGAAGUUUAUUCUUGCAGCACUUAGUGCCAGCCACAGAAAUGUUGUAAAUUGUGCGCUGUGCCACAGAACAUUGCCAGUGUUUGAACAGUUCCCACUUGUGGAUGGAACCCUGUUUCUUAGUCCGUCGCGACACGAUGAAAUUGAAUAUGAUGUUCCCUGUCACCUUCAAGGAAGGCUUAUGCACCUUUAUGCUGUUUGUGUAGACUGCUUAGAAGGAGUUCACAAAAUCAUCUGCAUUAAGUGCAAGUCCCGAUGGGAUGGAAGUUGGCACCAGCUGGGAACUAUGUAUACCUACGAUAUUCUGGCGGCUUCUCCCUGUUGUCAGGCUCGACUGAACUGUAAGCACUGCGGAAAGCCAGUCAUUGAUGUACGGAUUGGGAUGCAGUAUUUCUCAGAGUACAGCAACGUCCAGCAGUGUCCACACUGUGGAAAUCUAGACUACCAUUUUGUGAAGCCAUUCUCUUCAUUUAAAGUUCUGGAGGCUUAUUGACAAAAGCUUUGCUUUAGUAAUAGCUAUUUUAUGGGUAUUACUACUUUAUUACAUAUCUUUUAUAGGAUGCAUUCUGUGACAGAAUUAAUUUCUUUUCUAACUGAAAGAGCAGCUCCUUGUCUGUGUACACAUUAAGAUAUGUGUGUUGUUAAGACCAGGGUCCUCCUGGCAGAUGUCAGUUGAAGGUUGUAGGAAAGCCAAUUAAUGGCCUUGAAGUAUGUCCUAAGAAUGGGGGAAAAUUCAGCUGGAAGUGGACUGGUUUUAUUUUUCAUGUUAUCAUGAUAUAGGAAAGGUUGGAAAUGAGAGAUCUUAUGGGCCUGUUGCUCAUAUGGCUGGGUGGGAAGAGGAAAGCCUCAUAAAGGGUGCAGUCUUAUUACUGCUGAAUUUAUUAGAGUCUUUGCUAUUGAUGCCAUUGGGAGCAGAAUUUGUCCCUAAGUUCAUAGUAGCAGUAGCAGAUCUGUUGUUUAGAUUCCUCAGAAUUGAGUAAACUAAAAUAUUGUGACGAGUGAAUGUAAAUCUAUGCCAGAAAAUGCAGCCUUUAAAAAAUGUUGGGGUUUUUUUUCCCACUUUUGGCAUAGUGUCUUCCUGCAGUGUAUAUUUGACAUCUGUUACCCUCACUGACAGAUCAUAUGGAGAUAGUACUGUUUCCACCAGUAUUGUAAUUUUAGCCAUCGGGUAAAUGAUUUAUACCAAAACAAGUUUGAGAUUUUAAAACACUUUAUUUAAAGGUAUUCUUAUUUUUUAAAUAUUUUAGGAAUCUGCUGUUACACACAGAAGGAACAGAGGGUGGUAUGGUCUAUGGCAAAGCAGCUAUAGAGAGGAGUGUGUGCAUGUUUGCGUCUUGAGGCUGGACCUUUUCAGGUAGCAUGCCUCAGACCAGUAUGUCUGACUUUGAAAGAAGACCCUCAAGUGUGAUCUGUAAGAUCUGUGGGGUAUUUGUGCCAUUUUAGUGUGUGUGUGUCAUGAAGAGGAUGUUUGCACUGAUAUUUAGAGUCAACACUGAGGUCACCCACAAGAAGCCUGAGCUAUUGAGAUGCCCUUCCCCAUCUAUAUCAUAUCCCGCAGCCUGUGCCAAAACCAUCCAUAUUGUGUUGUUUAAUGCUUGAGCAUAGUGGCAAGAUGUAUUCCAUGUUGUCUUAUAGAGCCCUUCUGGGUAUUGAUCUCCAGGUUUCUUGUCUCUGCCUAUGGGCUGUUGGAGAGAGGAAGUCAAGAACCAGGGAACUGUGGGGUUGCUGAUACUAGUGCAGGAGCUGGUGAUCUGUGGUGCCUCAUAAGUUCCAAACACGCUGCAGAAAGAGUGGCAGUGGGAAGUGAGCAGGGGUGGGGCUGAUUUCAUGCCCCAAACUUCAGGAGAGCUUCCAAAGUUGGGUUGGGCUGGGCUGCUGCCAGGAAUCAAGCUAAAGGACUUAGUGCAUAUGGUUGGUGUAUAAAGGUUCGAGGCCUUAAGGUCAACUCUUAAUCAUCAGUAUAGACUUGGCUGAAUUCAUUUUAAAGCAAACACUGCACCUUUGUCUUUCAAAACUAUCCAAGUCUAGUUGAGAUUCUGAGGACUGGGAGACUAUACUAAAGAAAAAAAAAAGAAAAAAAAAAAGUAAAUGUUGUAAAAUUAUUUUUUUAAAUACCUAUGCCUAGCAGACUGUACACCAGAAAAUUAAUUUGUAUCAGAGGGGUAACCUUUGUCAAUGUUCUGCUUCUUGGUUUCCACAUUUUUAAUGCAGAAAUUUAAAAAUAAAAUGUUCUACAUCUAUUACUUGGUUUUAUAAGAUCAGUCUAAGUUAUUUUCAUGCCAUGUUCAUCGUGAAUUCUUUUCCUGAGUCAAGAAUUGCUGUUGCAUAAAUAGAAUAUUUUUUUUAGAAGCUGUAAGAUGCUGUGUUCAAACAAAACACAGUUUUCUUGUAUUGGAAUUUUUCAGAAUGUGUUUUGUUUGACGUAUGUAUUUUAAAUGGCUUUGACAUGCUGCACACCCCAUAAUGGAAGCCUAACCCCCCAAACCAAGCAAAAAUGAAAACCUGUCACAUUCUGUAUAGGUAGGCUUUCUACCAGUUUAAAUACAAUACUGUUUACAUAGUACUUGAAUAAUCUGGCUAGGUUAUUAAAUACUAAAUAAUCCUCCCCAUUGGCUAUGCGUAGGGAGUACACACAGGUGCACAUGCAUCCCCUGAGAUUUGGCCGUGCACCUCCUGGAAGCACCAGCUGUGAAACUGGAAGUGCGCUUCCAGUUUCGCCACUGGCUCGGCGAUCAGCUGCUGGGGGACCUCCUCUUCCGCCCCACCCCCAGUCGGCGAUCUGGUGCCUCCCCAGACUCGGGAGGCACCAGUCGCCCAUGAUCCUCUCCUUAUUAAUGUGUUCUUAUGGUUUCUGCACUUGUGUGUACAUUUGGAGCAUAUUCUGUGGGUCUGUGUGCUAACCUAAACCCACAGUUGGGUGAGGUAGUCUUAGCUUAAAAUGUGUCCAGAAAGAGGCUUUUCUGUGUGGUCAAUAGCAGUGGUUAGUGGUAUACCCUGGGUGAAAAUGGAAGAUGCAUGUAGGACAACAUUCAAGCUGUAAUUUGAAUGAACUCUGCAGGGAAGACAUUCUCAAACAUUUAGAACUGAUUUUGACACACAGGAGUCACUUGUAUUCUCCAUGAUUAAAUGAUUAAUUACUUUUAAAUAAUCUGACUCUUUUGCCUAACGGUAUGAUGAGUGGUUUGAGGGUACAGUAUACUGCACUCAUUUUAGUGUUCUAAAAUCAUGUAGCAGUGAGGAAUGCUGUAAUACAAGGAGAACAAAUGGGGGCACUUGUAACUGUAUCACUCCUCUACCUUGGGUUAAGGGUAGCGAUUCUCACCUGUGCAGAGUAGAAUAGGCGUCAGUGGGAAUGGUAACUUCCUAUUUAUGUCUCUCUAUCUUGCUCUCUAAAGCUGCCAUACAACUACGCAUGGUAUAAGGCAGCAGAGACAGGCUCUUGCUUUCUUUGGGGCUCCUUCCCCCUCUUCUCCUCCCCCACCACUGCCAAUCACUUCCCUCCCUCUUUUUUCAGUUAAUUUGGCUUUCAUACAGUUGCUUAAUUUUUGCUGCUUUUGUUUCAGUAUUUAACCAGUUAGAUGCCUAUCCAUACAUGUAUGUAUGACAAUCUGUAAUAAGAGCAUAGGCAAAAAGAGCUUUGGCUGAUUUAAAAAAAAAAUAAUAAUUGUAUGAAAGGCUAUACAAUAUCUGCAAAACAAAGCCAAGAAUACAGCACACAAUAUAUUGGGAUAAAGCAUGUUUAACAUCUUAAGCAAAUGUACCGAGAGCUUUAGAUGCAACACUAUCAUAAGAAAACAAUUUAGUUCUCAACCAAGCUCUUUAUUUUGAUUUUGCUAUUAAAUGUGCCCUAGCCAUUGCUUGAAAGAAUGCAUAUUAUCUUACAUACUGCAGCUCUCAACUGGAUGUUAACAUUGCAUGGGUAAAAGGUAUCCUUGAUAGAAACCAGCUGAACUGUAAAAGUACUCCUCCUGAUAUCUCUUCCAAAGUAAACUGUCUUUAAUUGGUAGAGAAUUAUUUUUGUAUUUCUUGCCAACAUUGAAAACUGGGUCUCAAGUUGUUACCUAAUAUGAUAUUUUGUUUAACAUACCCAAGUUCUGCAGUUAAAUCUGCAAGAGUCUGCUUUCACAGAUUUGAGCUAGAGUUGUAUACAGAUAGAAGGAACCAGUGAUGGAGUCUAUGGUUGCUUUUAAAAUGUAGGUUAAAGACUUCAUUUGUUUUGCUGCGCAUCUUGAUGAGAGCUGGAAAGUGUCAGGAGCCCUUCAAUUUUUCAAGUGGGAAAUAACCUCAAAAGUUGAUUGCUUUGCUUGUCUAGCACAAGUUUUAUAUUUUCAUUUCAUUUGUCUGGGGUUGAAUCUUUUUAUUUGAUGUUGUGGUCGGAGUAAAAUUAUGUGCAUGAAAUGUGCUUUUGUAAACCAGAACGUAGCCUGUUGGAUUUGGGGAUUCAUUCUGCUCACCCCACAUGCAUGGUGCUCUCUUGAUAUUAUUGGGGGAGAUAUGCAUAUGUCACUUAGUUCUCUGAAUAGCCAAAUAAAUUUUCCAGGGGAGAUGUGUGCAUUCAGGUAGACAUCGUAGUCUUGAAUUUGUAAAUUUAAUUCAUCCAUCAGUAGAACAUCUAAAACUAGAUUUUGGUAAUGGUAAUGAACACAAUCUCUUUCUUGAUAGGUAAUUAGACAUCUACCCACACAAUCUGGUUGAAAUUCUUCUUUAACCUAGUGCUACAAAGACACUAAAGAUAUAGUGCCCUAUUGCCUGAGCUAAGAGAUACAGAGAUACAAAAUUUCAUUAAUUUGCCUAGUAUUAAGCAGUGUAUAAAGGGUUGAAUUUCUAGGGUGGCUUAGUUGAAGGAAAUAAGCAAUUUUCAUUGAGUAUUCCUAAGAUGAAUAACAUCUAACCCAAUGUCUUUAUUUUCAUAUACUGUUUUUUUUAAUUAUACCAGGUAACUAAGGACAAACAUGUGAGGUAAUCUCUGGGGGUGGGUUGGGGGGAGGGGGCUCUAAAAUCUACUUCUCAAUAAAGUUUCUCAUUGAGACAUUAUUGGAUUGCACUUUUGCAAAGGGAAGUGUAUGUACAUAACAAAUGAAUGUUGAUGAAAUUUAAAUAAUUGGUUAUGAUAUCAUUUGCGUGUGGUGUUAGGAUUUUUUUUGUUGUGACUUCUCUGUAUUAAGACAAUAAUAAAUUCUAGAAAGGU